AUGUCUCCCAUUUCGUUUUACAUUGCUUUAAGCUCUGUCUUGGGUAUUGCUAUGAUCACUGAUAUCAGUGGAUGUAAAGAUGAUGAAAGAAGUUAUCUGCUCGAUUUCAAAGGGGGCCUAAACGACUCCUAUGCUCGAUUAAGCUCAUGGCGAGGAUACAACUGUUGCCAGUGGCAGGGAAUUCUUUGUGGCUACCAAACAAAUCAUGUCAUUCAACUUGACCUCAAAAACCCUUAUCGUAAGGGAAAUGAUUUGGAUGGUUACAAGGUCGACCGUCCGUUGAGUGGGGAGAUUCAUCCGUCUCUGUUUAAUUUGCAGCAUCUACGCCACUUGGAUUUGAGUUGGAAUGACUUCGAGGGCAUUGCUAUACCUCAUCAGUUGGGAAGCCUCAAGAAGCUUACAUUUCUUAGCUUGGCUUAUGCUGGAUUUGAGGGUGAGAUCCCUCUAGAAUUCGGAAAUUUGUCAGCCUUACAGUAUCUUGAUCUGUCAGACUAUUAUUCCUCCAAAUUCAGACUCAAGAGUUCAAGAUUUGGUGAAUGGGUAAGAAGUCUGAGAAAUUUGGAGUACCUGGCGAUGAGGAAUCUGAACCUUGAAAAAGCAUCUCACAACUGGGGCGACUCCCUGUCAAGUCUCUCUAAUCUUAGCCAGAUUUACUUGUCUCAUUGUAGUCUUUCAGGAAGCAUUCCUUCACUUCUAAAUCUCAUCCGUUUAUCUCACCUCCAUCUUAUCGAUAACUCAUUCCCAUUCACGCUACCAGCUUGGUUCAAGAAUGUUUCGUCCUUGGUGUCACUUGACCUCAGUUCUUGUGAUCUCAGUGGUUCUAUCCCUUCCGAUUUCCUUCACGGCUCUUCAAGUUUGAGAAAACUUAGCCUGGCUGUUAACAAUCUACAGGGAGAAAUUCCUCCUUCCAUUGCAAACUUUUCAAAACUUCAGACCCUAGAUGUUGUCGACAAUCAGUUAACAGGGGUUAUACCCCCAUUUGGAUAUCUAAUGGAGCCACUGUCUAGUCUUUCGAAGAUUGAUCUUUCAUUUAACCAGUUGAAGGGUGGAGUGCCAUACUGUCUUGGUAGGAUUUCCUCCCUCCGGUAUCUGGUUCUAGAGUACAACCAGCUAAAUGGUGAUAUCCCGACUUCUUUGGGUCAGCUUUCUCUAUUACGCCGCCUUGUCUUAAAUAAUAAUCAGUUGUCUGGAGCAAUACCAGAUUCAUUUUCAGAGCUUGUUGGAUUGGAAAAUCAGCUGACCAUUAACAUUUCUUCAAGUUGGGUUCCACAGUUUUCUCAUCUGGGAUACCUGGGACUGAGCUCAUGUAAUAUUGAAGGCAAUUUUCCAGCAUUUCUCUCUACUCAGUAUUCACUAAGAGACUUAGACCUGUCAGAUAACAGAAUUAGCGGUGGUGUUCCCGCUUGGCUACGGGACCUUACCUAUCUUCAGAAGCUCAAUCUUUCAAAUAACCAACUAGAAGACUGUCUGCCCCAACUCAAUUACAAAGUGUUUAUCUUUUUGGACUUGCAUAAUAAUAGCUUUCAUGGCUCUAUUUCAGGUCUUUCUUUCGGAGGAAUCAUACUGGAUUUGUCACAUAACAAGUUUAAUGGCUCAAUUCCUGGUACAAUUCAUCCAUUGUUCACUAUGUCCCUGUCAGCAAAUAAUCUGAGUGGACGUAUGCCGCAUUCAAUAUGUAAAGCUGGAAAUGAAAUAACGAUUUUGGAUUUAUCAGACAACAGAUUAAGGGAUGUGAUUUCUGCGGAUCUGGGGAAAUAUAUUCGAGUAUUUGACAUAGGAAAUAACAGGUUUCGAGGGAGCAUCCCAGUUUGGAUUGGAAAGAUGAGAAAAUUACACAUCCUCAGCUUGACAAAUAGUCAGUUUGAAGGUAGUAUUCCGCCCCAGUUGUUUGAGCUACAUAAUCUUCAGGUCUUAGAUUUAUCGCAUAACAAUAUAUCACGAACUAUCCCUAGAGGUUUAGAAAUGCUACAUGCUAUGGUAAAUCAAUCACAGAGUUUUGAAAUGCAAAGUUAUGAGCACACAGUGGGUAUCAGGAUUAAUGCAAACCCAUACAUCUAUGCAUUAGUAGAUUUUCUUGGUCAAAUAACGCUGUGGAUUAAAGGAACGGCACGUCCAUAUCCAAAAAUCUGGAGAUCAUUCAAAGUCAUGGACCUGUCACAUAACAAGCUCUGGGGCAGCAUUCCUCACAAAAUAGGACUUCUCCGGGGCCUAGUUGCUCUCAACAUUUCCAACAAUACUAUGAGUGGCUCAAUUCCGGAAUCUUUGGGUCAGAUGGUUAAUCUGCAGUCUCAGGAUCUUUCAGAAAACAUGCUGUCAGGGAAGAUUCCGCCAGAACUUGUCAGUCUCACGUUCCUUUCUGUCUUGAAUCUUUCAGACAACAUGCUUUCUGGGUUAAUACCGCAGGGAAAUCAGUUUUCAACCUUUGAAGCCUCUUCAUUUCUAGGGAACCCCAACCUCAGAGGACCCCCCCUUGAAAAUAUAACACAGAGCUCUGGUUUUGGAGAAAGAGGUAGCCAGGUAGAGUCGAACAGUACAGUAGUUGCAGAUCCAGAUAAAAUGGAUCGAUGGUGGGCAGUUGCAGUAGGAUUAUGUUACGGGGUGGGAUUUGCUUCUGUGAUUGCUUUGUUGUGUUUUCACAUAGAAUGGAGGUACAGAUGCUUCAUUUUGCUGGAUGGUGUUGUGGCUUAUCUUUGUGAACGUUAA